UUCAGUUCUCUGCGGCUACGCAGUGGAUGAUCAUGCGCACCUGUGACGGAGAGCAGCAGCAUCACACCCGCUGUUGAUGUCGAUGAUUUGUGUGACACGCUGAUACCGCAAUAAUAUCACUAAAUAAACCCGGUGAGACGUUAAAGCACAUAUACAGCUGCCUCUCCGCCCGGAGAGGAGGAGGAGGAGGGGGAGGGGUGCAGAAUUUCGUUUCUGGACAGCCUCGGUGUGGCGGAUUCGACCGGAACAGGGGGCCAUGGCGCGGGACUACGAUUACCUCUUCAAGCUGCUCAUCAUCGGGGACAGCGGCGUGGGCAAAAGCAGUUUAUUGCUCAGAUUUGCUGACAACACAUUUUCAGGUAGCUACAUCACCACGAUCGGUGUGGACUUUAAGAUCCGGACUGUGGAAAUAAACGGGGAGAAAGUGAAGCUGCAGAUUUGGGAUACAGCAGGACAAGAGAGAUUCCGUACAAUCACUUCCACGUACUACAGAGGCACGCAUGGUGUUAUAGUGGUGUAUGACGUCACCAGCGCAGAGUCGUUUGUAAACGUCAAACGGUGGCUUCAUGAAAUCAAUCAAAACUGUGAUGACGUUUGUCGAAUAUUAGUGGGUAAUAAGAAUGAUGACCCCGGCUCUAAAGUGGUGGAGACCAACGAUGCACAGAAGUUUGCGGAGCAGAUGGGAAUCCGGCUGUUUGAGACGAGUGCCAAGGAGAACGUCAACGUUGAGGAUAUGUUCAACUGCAUCACUGAGCUCGUACUGAAGGCCCGAAAAGAAUCAGUGGCCAAACAACAACAACAACAGCAGAGUGAAGUCGUCAAACUGAACAAGAGCAGCAAACGCAAGAAAAAAUGCUGCUAAUCCACUGGACUCACGCAGACAUUUAGAGAGCCAAACGACAGUACGCCACUGAACUGACAAGAGCUAGAGAACUAAACACGCUUAAACCAACCCAUGAGAGACGUCUUGUAUCCAUAGAGAUUUACUAAUGCCCGACUGGACUUUGGGAGUCUUAAAAGGACACAGACUCGAAUGUUUUCGCAGGAACGGAUCCAACUUCCUCUCUCUUCAUUUUUCCCCAGAAGACACUUGGAAGACGGCUGCCAUGAGAAUUUAAAAUGGAAAAUGUUUUUUCUUUUUUGUGCACCUUUUCAGAUCACAGACAGGCCAAAUGUGAUUUCGUGUGACCUGUGCAGUGUUAAUGUGGCGUGCCAACUGAAACAGUUCGGGAGCCAAAAAAACAACAACAUACAACUCGAAGUUUGUUGAACUUGACUUGAAAUAAUCCCGUGUUUUCAUGCUCUUGCGACGGAAGUUCUGGCCGCUGUGGACCAAAUGUGCGCUGCUCUAUACAGAGACACUUGUUUUGCCUUUUGCUUUCUCUUUUGUCUUUCGUUUUUGUAAAAUUGUAUUUUUUUUUUUUUUU